UGUGUCUCACGCUUGACGCGGUCUGUGUAGCUGCUGUCUUUGCAAAGGAAUGUCGCUGCGGCUGCUAUAUCUCAGCUGGGAUGGAGGACUGACAGAUGUUUUGAGCAAAAGAUGUCGGGACAGUGAUGUGGUGUCUUAUUAAAUAAACAUGAUGCUCCAAACACCAAAGUAGUCACAUCCACCUCUGACUGGCGAUCAGGAACAUCCAGUCAGAUUUAAGAGAAAACCCCACUGACUUCACUCAAUAUUUAGUUGUUUUGCAUCGUGUUUCCCUCUAAGCAUGGAUCUGUAACUACCUCACAGAUCCUUAGCCCUGCUUCACUAAUCCUUCACUCGCUUUGUGACCAAUUGUCAGGGGACUUCCACCGUACCAUCGCGUGAUACUGUACCAGCCUGUGAAGCAGUGUCAAGAUGUUUUCAGCGUUUAAGAAGCUGGUGGGAUCUGAGCCGGGGCAGUUCAGGGACAAGAACAUUCCGGCUGGCCUGCAGUCCAUGAACCAAAGUUUGCAGAGACGCUUUGCCAAAGGGGUCCAGUAUAACAUGAAAAUAGUCAUCCGUGGAGAUAGAAACACUGGAAAGAGCACUCUUUGGCAUCGACUGCAGGGCAAGAAGUUUGUGGAGGAGUACCUGCCCACUCAGGAGAUCCAAGCCACGAGCAUCCAUUGGAAUUACAAAAUGGCUCCAUAUCAAGCUACUGAUGAUGUGGUCAAGGUAGAAGUGUGGGACGUAGUAGACAAAGGCCAAAAAUACCCUCUUCCUGAAGGUGUAGGCAAAGGCAAAAAGCGCGGAGAGAACUUGAAACUGGAGAAUGAGCCCCAGGAGUCUGAUGAAGUGGCCCUGGAUGCAGAGUUCCUGGAUGUGUAUAAGAACUGCAAUGGAAUCAUCAUGAUGUUUGACAUCACCAAGCAGUGGACUUUUAACUACAUCCUGAGGGAGCUGCCCAAAGUACCCACCCAUGUGCCGGUGUGUGUGCUGGGAAACCACCGGGACAUGGGCGAGCAUCGCGUCAUCCUCCCUGACGACAUCAGAGACCUGAUCGCUGGACUCAACAGGCCAAUGGGAGCGUCUUACAUCCAUUAUGCUGAGUCCUCCAUGAAGAAUGGGUUUGGUCUGAAAUAUCUGCACAGGUUUUUCAACAUCCCCUUCCUGCAGCUCCAGAGGGAGACCCUCCUGAGGCAGCUGGAGACAAACCAGCUGGACAUGGAUGCCACUCUGGAGGAGCUGUGUGUCCAGCAGGAGACUGAGGAUCAGAACUAUGAGAUUUUCCUGGAGAACCUGGAGUCUCGCAGUAAAGGCUACGGCUCUCCUGGUCCAGCUAACGGUCAGAGUCCCUCCUCUGGCUCCCAGUCCCCCAUCGUCCCCCCAAGCGGAGCCUCCACUGGCAGCUCGAGCCCCAGCACCCCUCAGCCCCCCUUACCCUCGCAGGUGCUCCCACAGUCACCAGCCGUGUCCGCUUCCCUCCCUCCGCCUCCGUCCCCAGCUUCUCCUGCUGUUGAGUCAAAGCCUCCGGCCCCCGCUCCUGAUAUCCUUCAGGCCUCAGCUGCACCCGGAGCUUCGGGCCCCCAGAAACGCGGCUUCAUGUCCCGCUGGUUUGGUUCAUCUGCUGCUGAGGCUGCUGCCCCCGACGAGCCUCCUGCACCGGCGUGUCCCUCUAAGGUUCACAGUGUGGAUGAUUUUGUGCCGGAUGAGAGACUGGAUAAAAGCUUCCUGGAGGACAGCCUGCCCUCCAAAACCAAGGCACCCCCGUCCACUACAGCUGUGGACAGCGACAGUGAUGGUGAGGGGAGAGGGAACCCCAUGGUGUCCGCUUUCCAGGAUGAGCUGGACCCUGACGACACUGAGCCAAGCCUCCCCCAGCCUAAGAGCCUGCCCCUCAAUAAAGACGUCACUCUGACCAGCGACGACGAAGCCCCCACUGUCGCACAGGACCAAGACCUGGACAGUGAGCCGGAGCUCAAAGCGCCUGUAAUCAUCACUAAACCCAAGGUGGCGUCCAAAGCUCCAGAGGCCAUCUCCCUCACUCUCACCCCGGCAGCAGAGCAGCCGCCCCGGCAGCAGGCCAAGAAGAAAGGCAGCUCCCCCAGAGGCGAGGACUCUGACACGGACCCCGAGGCUCCUGUAGCCCAGCAGAUGCUCUCCUUCAUCAUGGACGACCCUGACUUUGAGUCUGAGGCAUCAGACACCCCCAAAAUAACCAAGGACAUAUUUCCGGUCCGAGAUGAGCUUCUGUCCGACCUGUCUGACGACGACCUGCAGUUAUCCAAGGCGGCGGAGCCUCUGAAGCCUACGCUGAUUUCCUUUAAACAUAAGGACGACACCGACCUGUUUGGCCUCGGCUUCCAAGAAGAGACUCCCGCAGCCAAGGAGAGCAGCGAGGAGCAGGAAGAAAAAGAAAGUAAACACUCCUCCAAAGACAAGAAGAAAAAGAAGAAGAAAAGCAAAGAGGAGGAUGAAAAAAACAAGAAGAAACACAAACACAAGAAGAAAGAAAAGGACGAAGCUGCAGCGGGAGACGAGAAAGAGAAAAAGAAAAAGCAAUCUCGGAGCAAGAAGACCGAGGUGGACGAGCUGGAGGACUUUCUGGGCGGGGGAGCUGCGUCCGUCAAAAGAGAGGAUGGAGAUUACGAGGAGCUAUAAAAGCUGUUCAGUGAGGCACAGCGGCGAGGCGCGGGGUCCUUUAAAAACCUUGUUGUUCCUUGACUUAAGAGCAUAAAGCAUCUCCAAGCCAUACCUAACCCACACGGCUGCCGACAACACCCAGGUAACACGAGCUAGGAGCGGAACGUUCCUUCUGAUCAAUUCCCCCCCCCCCCCCCCCCCCCCAUCUGCACUAAUGCUCUCACUUCCAUUCCAGCCAAUAGGAAAACGGCGGGGCGGCCCACGUGUACUGUAGUGAGUCCUGAUGAUUGGCUCUUUGUACUGAUUGAAUAUGUUGGCGUGUGUAAAUACGGUUAUCAUUUAGAAUUUGUGUUUGGUCGGUGUCGUUAUGGAGAGCAUGCUUAAAGUGAAAAGGGUCUCCUUCACAUUCCUGCUUCCUUUUUUCUUUCUUUCCUACGUGUUGGAACGCUUAGUCUUGUGUCUCUAAAUAUAAACCCAGAGUGAGUGGAUUUCAGAUUUUUUUAAAGAAAUACUUCCCGGGCUUCACUAUCGGAGCACGUUCACACUGAGGGUUUUUUUUGGGGCUAUUUUUAAACGGUGUUGUCAGGGUGGAUUUAACAUACUCCCUUAGUGAUGGUUUGCUGUGUUUCCGUCCAUAUAAUGGGACAGAGUCUGUCCCGUGUACUGUAGUCUGCCACGUCUCUUCUCCAAGUCACAGCAAUAAUGUAAGACUCUUAAAAGACUUUUGUUAUCGACUGAUCCCAUGUUUAUUUUUAAAUAGUAUAUAUGACAUAAGGAGAUACGUUUCCAAUAACACUUCUUGUACCCUAGAUACAAUCAUUCAUGUCUUUACUGAACCUUAUUAGAACAUCAUUAGUUAUAAUCAUUUCUAUACCAUAUAAAAAGUGAGCAUUUCAAAUACUGUAUCUCUGUAAACAUCGAUGAACGGACUCUACAAUAUCUGUCAUAUAGCUGAAAACGAACCUAAAUAAAAUGUAAUUAUAAUCAAAAUAAAACAGAAAUACAGUCAAAUGAAUAAAUGAAACGGUGCGAUACGAGCGCUGGUGUCUUUUUAAGAAUAAACCUGCUUAGUGUGGACGUUAUCUUGGUGUGAACACCCCCCCCAUGUCUUUGCUGGUGAUUUUAUGAUUUCCUCCACUGUUAAACCCUUUCAAAACCAACACACACACACACACAUACACUCACUCCUUGUGUUUUCUGCAGUUGCCUUAAAGGAGGUCACUACAAGGGAAUGAUGUGCCGCUAUCCUCAUGAACCAUUUCAAGUGUUCUUACUGUAAAAGUGUUGGAAUGUUGCCCGAGCCUUUUGUUGGUCAAACGGAGCGGACGUCCUCUGAAACCCUGUAUUGCAGUGAUUCAUUACAUUGGUGUGGUUCGUUUUGAUCCUUCUAAAGGAAUAUUAAUGUGUUCAUAUUUUCUCUGUAAGUAACAUUUCCUGAUGCUUUUAUCCUUGUUAUUUAUUGCCUCUAUUAUGUUUUGUUGUCAGGAUUUAGACUGUGCUGAAACAGCUUUUAACGGUUUGCUGUUCAUCUGUCACACCUAAUACAGCCGCAAAAUGGUUUACAUGUACGUGGGGAUGAGAACUACGAACAGUACAGAACGGUUUCUUCCAUAAAUCGCUAAAUGCUUCAAAUAAGGGAAGCGUCGUAAGAGGAAUAAUGUGUAUUUUUCACUGACAGAUUUCUUACAGUUUCCAUUUCCAUGCUUACAAAGACGUGAUGUUUGAGACUCCAAAGUUGAAACUAUGCAGCAUUGAUCCUGAAUACUGUGUGCUUUUAUUUGUCUUUUGUCAAGUGAUUGAGGAUAAAUGCUGAAAGCACAGUUUCAAGCAUGAGACUUCAGUGUACAGCAAGAAAAGAAUGUAUAAAAUAUAGAAAUAAAUGCGUAUAUGUGAGGAGCUUUGUUCCAAAAAUGAUACCUACACUGUUUGGAAAUAAUGCCGCUGACUACCUAAAGAAGAUUUCCAAACUAAUAACAUUUCUGAGAGUGGGCGUGCACUUUGGAAAGGUUUCCUCCUUUCAGGUAUUUUUUCCAAAUGGAUGUAUGACAUUUUGGAAUGAAAGCCUUCAUUUAUUUUUCACCCCCAAUGACAUGUUCCAUAUUUACACUGUGUGAGUGUGGUUUGUCCAAUAAAUGCAAGCUUAUUUCUUCAUAAAGAACAAAUCUUGUGUCUUUAAAAAAAAAUAAAGACAUCUGUGGAUGA